AUGUCUUGGCGCAGCAAUGCUCAAAAGACCGGCGAGAAUGCGGCGCCUAUUGCCAACCCGCGCCGAUGGGGCGGCGCAGGAGGUGGUGGUGGCAGCUCAGAUGCUGGCGUGCCCUCAUUUGGCAAUGGAAGCGGGAUGUCGCAGCCAGCGUAUGGAGAUCCUUUUGCGGCACACGGCUACAAUGGAUCUGGCAGUAUGGGGUUCAAGCGAGAACGAGAUUCUGAUGCGCCAGCCGAAGCCGCGCCUGCCUCCGGAGAUGCUCCGAGAAAGAGACGAUCGAGAUGGGGGGAUGCGCCUGCUGAUGCGCCCGCAGGUGUAGCCACUGCUCUCGGUGCCAACUUGUCGGCUGCCGAAUUGGAUCGCUACGCUAUAAAUGUCCGAAUUGCAGAGAUCCAGCAGAAGCUGGUCACUGGUAACGUCGUUCCGCCAGAGAGGGAACGCUCGCCAUCACCACCACCCACGUACGAUGGCGCUGGUAGACGUACUAACACCCGCGAAGUCCGUUACCGCAAGAAGCUCGAUCAGGAACGAGUCGACCUGAUCGAUCGGGCUGUCAAGCUUGAUCCCAACUACAAGCCUCCUGCAGAUUACCAUGUUGCCAAGCGGAAUAUGCGCCCACAGGAAAAGGUCUGGCUCCCCAUCAAGGAGUUUCCAGAGAUCAAUUUUUUCGGCCUGCUCGUUGGCCCAAGAGGAAACACUCUCAAGGGCAUGGAGCGGGAAAGCGGCGCAAAAAUCAGCAUCAGAGGUCGGGGCAGUGUGAAAGAAGGCAAGGGCAGACCGGGCGAGGAGGAAGAUGAGGAGAUGCACUGCAUCGUGCAAGCAGACGAUUUGGAAAAGAUCAAAGUGUGCAUCAAAGCCAUUCAGAGGGUUAUCGAGGUUGCAGCAUCCACCCCAGAAGCUCAGAAUGAUCAUAAACGCAAUCAACUGCGAGAGCUUGCUGCACUCAAUGGUACGCUCCGAGACGACGAAGGACAAAUUUGUCAGAAUUGCGGCCAGAAGGGUCAUCGUCGAUACGCUUGCCCAGAGGAGCGCAACGUCACGGCCCACAUCAUCUGUCAUCGAUGCGGAGGGCAAGGUCACUUGGCGCGAGACUGUACUCAAAUGCCUGGCCCACGCGGAUUUGGCGGAGGUCCACCAGGCCCUGGUGGCCCAGGUGGGCCAAACGGGCAAGGCGGUCAAAUGGAUUCGGAGUACGCUAGUCUUAUGGCCGAGCUUGGGGAAGGUGGCAAUGGCGGUGGCAGACCCGGCGGUCCUGGUCCCGGUGGCCCAGAUGGCGGCCAACACGCCGGUCCGCUUGGAGGCCCACAAGCUGGAGGUAUGCCGGGACAAAAAUACGACGCGAACGGUAAAAAGAUCCCACCUUGGCGUGACCCCGAGAUGUGGAACCCGCCGGGUGUUGGGGGACGGAUGGGGGGACCGGGCGGCCCAGGCUACGGCGGGCGUCCGAUGGGUCGCGGUAUGGGUAUGGGCUACCAGCAGGGCGGGUAUGGCGGUCAUGGGUGAGUAGAACGAUCAAAAACGCAGUGCUACGAACGACUCAGCAUCUGAGUCCUUGCCGAAAUUCCGUUUCCCUGCUCCUUAUCUCUGCAGCUACCAAGGACAGGGUGGUCAGCAAGGUGGAUACGGCAAUUACCAACAGCAGUAUCCGGCUCAAGCGGGUCAAGAUGGGCAGCCAGACUACUCUGCAGCGUGGGCAGAAUACUAUGCGCAGCAAGCAGCCCAGCAGGGUCAGGCUGGCGCCUCUGCUACUCCUGCAGGCGGUGCGCAAAGCCCUUCAAACCCAGGACAGGCUGCGCCUCAAGCUCAGGGUGCAGGGGCUGCCACGUCCCAGCAAGGUGCGGCUCAGCAACAACAGGGCGGACCAGAGUUCGAUGCUUGGUGGGCGCAGUUCGCAGCUUACUAUGGCGCACAGGCCAGAGAGACUUUCGUUCAGCAAUUUGGCUACGAACCGCCAGUCGCAAAGUGA